UAUUCACUUGCCUAUUUUGCUUCCUCUUCCUUAAUUUUUGUUUUUGUUUGAAAAUAUCGCUUCCAAUAAAAUCCCAAAAAUCUCAGAAGAAGAUAGAGAGAGAGAGAGAAAGGGAGAUUACAACAACAAUGGACGAUUCAAGCACAAGAAGCCAAAAGAAGAAGAAGAAGCAUCUUCAAAGAGACAACAACAAAACCAUUAAUCCAAAGAACAAGAAGAACAUCCCAACUGUUUGGUUCUCACUUAAGAAGUCUCUCCACUGUAAAUCCGAACCAUCCGAUGUCCACGACCCCAAAUCCACUAAACAGCUCUCAGCAAUCUCCACCAAGAGAAUCUCCGGCGUUAACGCUGGCAUCGGCGCUGGAGGAUGCGGCGGUGGAUUAUCGGGAUGCUCGAGAUCGAUAGCGAAUCUCAAAGACGUAAUCCAUGGAAGCAAACGGCAUUUCGAGAAACCUCCGAUAAGUAGUCCUCGUUCUAUCGGAAGCAACGAGUUUCUCAAUCCCAUAACUCAUGAAGUUAUCCUCAGCAACUCUACUUGCGAGCUUAAGAUCACCGGCGUCGGAGAUAUGGCUUCACCGGUCGGAGCAGCGGAAUCCGGCGGCGGCGGUGGAGGAGGAGGAGGAGGAGGAGGGGGAAAUGGUCGGUCGACGACUUUUGUUGGGAUGUUGAGGCCGGGAACGCCGAUGCAUUAUCUGAAUCAUUCAGCUUCUUACAAGAGCCAAGCUUCGUCGACGAUGACGGCGAGAAAGGGAUCGUUUGCUUUGUCGGAGAGAGACGGAAGAGGAGGAGGAGAAAGUUUAGGGUUUCACGCGAACAGGAGAGUUUCUUUGGAGAUGAACAGAGAUUCCCCCAUUAACGGAGGCAAUUCAACUGUUUCUUGCCAUAAAUGUGGUGAACAGUUCAAUAAACUCGAGGCUGCAGAAGCUCAUCAUCUCUCUAAACACGCCGUGACGGAGCUCGUAGAAGGCGAUUCGUCAAGAAAAAUCGUGGAGAUAAUCUGCAGAACGAGCUGGCUAAAGUCAGAGAAUCAAUGCGGGAGAAUCGAUCGAGUCUUGAAAGUUCACAAUAUGCAGAAAACCUUAGCUCGAUUCGAGGAAUACAGAGAGACGGUGAAGAUCAGAGCGAGCAAACUCCAGAAGAAGCACCCGAGGUGUCUCGCCGACGGGAACGAGCUGCUCAGGUUCCACGGAACCACCGUCGCUUGCGGUUUAGGGAUUAACGGGUCAACGAGUCUCUGCACGGCGGAGAAGUGCUGCGUCUGCCGGAUAAUACGGAACGGGUUCUCGGCGAAACGGGAGAAGAAUAACGGGGUCGGGGUUUUCACGGCGUCGACGAGCGGGAGAGCGUUUGAGUCGAUAUUGGGGAACGGCGGAGAUCAAAUCGGGGAUGAUCGGACGGUGAGGAAAGUGUUGAUUGUGUGUCGGGUUAUCGCUGGAAGGGUUCAUCGGCCGGUGGAGAAUGUGGAGGAGAUGAAUGGGUUGAUGAGUGGGUUUGAUUCUUUGGCCGGAAAAGUUGGGUUGUAUACAAAUGUGGAGGAGCUUUAUUUGCUUAAUCCUAGAGCUUUGCUUCCUUGCUUUGUGGUAAUUUGCAAAUCCUAAAAGUUUAAGCAUUUUUGUUUUGGAAAAAGAAGCCAACCUAUAUUAUUUGUUGAUAAAUUUUGUGUAUCGUUUUAUGAGAAUUGAAAUCCAUAGAACUUGGAAUCUUAAAUUUUGUUUGGAAUUUUAAAUUUUAUUUUGCAAACUGAAUUUGUGAUUCAAGAUUGAUGUUU